CUUUCUUUUUGUCUUAUUCUAUAGGAUUUUUCUUUUAAGUAUAUACCUGGGAUUUUCCUUCGGAAAAGUCUUUAAAGUUCCAACAAAAUAUGGAACUUGAUUUUGGACAUUUUGACGAAAGAGAUAAGGCAUCCAGGAACAUGCGAGGCUCACGUAUGAAUGGGCUUCCCAGCCCUACUCACAGUGCUCAUUGUAGCUUCUAUAGAACAAGAACCUUGCAGGCACUGAGCAAUGAAAAGAAGGCCAAGAAGGUACGUUUCUACCGCAAUGGGGACCGCUACUUCAAGGGGAUUGUGUAUGCUGUCUCUUCCGACCGUUUUCGCAGCUUUGAUGCCUUGCUGGCUGAUCUGACCCGAUCUCUGUCAGACAACAUCAACCUGCCUCAGGGAGUUCGUUACAUUUACACUAUUGAUGGAUCCAGAAAAAUCGGAAGCAUGGAUGAACUGGAGGAAGGGGAAAGCUAUGUUUGUUCCUCAGACAACUUUUUUAAAAAGGUGGAGUACACCAAGAAUGUUAAUCCCAAUUGGUCUGUCAAUGUGAAGACAUCUGCCAAUAUGAAAGCCCCCCAGUCCCUGGCUAGUAGUAACAGUGCUCAAGCCAGAGAAAACAAAGACUUUGUGCGUCCUAAACUGGUAACUAUCAUCAGAAGUGGAGUGAAGCCUCGCAAGGCAGUGCGUGUGCUACUGAAUAAGAAGACAGCCCAUUCUUUUGAACAAGUUCUCACUGAUAUAACUGAAGCCAUCAAAUUAGAAACAGGGGUUGUCAAAAAACUCUACACAUUGGAUGGAAAACAGGUAACUUGUCUCCAUGACUUCUUUGGCGAUGAUGAUGUUUUUAUUGCUUGUGGCCCUGAAAAGUUUCGCUAUGCUCAGGAUGACUUUUCUUUGGAUGAAAAUGAGUGUCGAGUUAUGAAAAGCAACCCAUCAGCCACAGGUGGCCCAAAAGCAUCUCCAACACCUCAGAAGAGUUCAGCUAAAAGCCCCGGCCCUAUGCGCCGGAGCAAGUCUCCAGCUGACUCAGGUAACGACCAGGAUGCGAACGGAACAUCUAGCAGUCAACUUUCUACACCGAAGUCAAAGCAGUCUCCUAUUUCUACACCUACUAGUCCUGGAAGUCUCCGGAAGCACAAGGAUUUGUACCUGCCCUUAUCCUUGGAUGACUCGGACUCACUGGGAGAUUCCAUGUGAAGGAGAAUGUUCACAGUUCAACAGUCAAUUCCAAGUAUAAAGUUAAAAUAGAGUAUUUCUGCUCAAGUGUCCAACAGGGCUAUUGGUGCUUUCAAGGUUUUAUUUACUGUCGUUGUUUUAAAGAACACUCUGUAAUAUGUUGAGUUUCUUUUUCUGUGAUUUCUCCUCUGGGCCACUGAUCCACAGUUACCAAUAUAAGAGAUAGAUCGAUAACCAUCCUUAGUGGUAACUUUCCAGGGAAGCAAAAUGUGCACACCCUUGACCUUUCUAUUGAAUCCUUAGGCACCUGCAAUAUUUUCCCAUUUUGAAUUGCUCAUACACAUCAGUCUUCCUUCUGUAGAAGGUUGUUUACAUGCAUAAUACUUAAAAAAUGUAUAGGGUGAAAAAAUGCUCAUUAGCAAUUUUAACAGUGACAAACACAAGUUUCCCUUGUCUACUGAUCUCAAUACUGCUGGAGGACCCUAGGAGGAAGGUAAGGCAUCUCCCCAACCUUCUUCUUCAUUCCAGCUUAAAUCUUUAAUUAGUUGUCUAGCAGGAAUUCUCUUUGUCAAGGGGGAGAUACACCAGCAACUUUUUAAUUGACACCAGAUGUUUAUGAUCUUGGUGCAGUGAUAACUUAAACAAAACAGGAAGAUUUGGGAAGCACUUUAGACAUUUCAGUAUAGUUUAUAAAGUACAACAAUCUCCUUAUCAAUGUUUCACCAAUGAAAUUUAAAAUCAAUAAGCAAUUAAAUAAGAGUAGGGGAUGAGGGAUAUCUUAUACCUGAUUCCCCUAGGAGGCUGUGUAGCUUAGCAAGUUAUUAUACAAACUGUAUGUUAUCCAUCUAUCUCUGUUCUAUUGAAUGCCUUGUAAACAGCCAACACUGAAAACACUGUGAGAAUUUGUUUUCAGGUCUGACACCUUUCAGUCACUUUUUAUAGACAGAAGCCAAUAUCCUUUUUAUAAAAAACUCAUAUCUGUAUUCCAGGAGCAAACUCUUCAGGCUCCCUUUUUAUAAACUGGUGAUUUUUCUUUUGUCUAAAAAACACAUGCAUAAAAUUUAGCAAAAAAAUUGCAGAAGAAUAAUGUAGUUUAGAAAUCAUGCUGUCACUGCCAAACAGAAACCUCCAGGAGAAACAAGAUAAGUAGCAGAGGCCAAUUCAAUAGAAUCAGUCUUUUGAUAACUUUUUACCAGUUAUGCUUACAUUAAUAAUCUCAAUGUGGACCAGACAUUAUAUUUUAAAUGAAAUGUUAUGACAUAUUUUAAACAACACCUUUUUUUAUCUAUAAUCCUGAUAUUUCAUACUGAAUAUGCAGAAACCUUUCACUGAUCUUUAAAACUAGAAAGGAUUUCUCUUUACUAAGGACUUGAUCAUUUGAAAUAUUUCUCAGUUUUUAAGGUACAGGUUUAUAACACUGCUUUUCAUCUAUAAUCAUGGCCCAUAAUACCAAGGACAAUUGAAUUUAAGUGAAAGCCAUGCAUGCUGAGUGUUUGCUUUUAGCAGAUAAGAAAAUUUCCUUAUUUGUAAUUAUUCAGAUAUUUUGAAGGGUGCAGCAUUUGAGGUCAAACUGUUGUUUGGCUAUUGAAUGACUCGCAGUUGUUUCCCCUCUUUAACUGGAAUGAGCGUGUGUGUGUGUGUGUGUCUGUGUGUGUGUGUGUGUGUGUAAUAUUUUGUGCAUAUAUGUGUGUGUUUGCAGCUGCUUCAUAAUUAUGAGACACUAAUAUUCUGACAUGAAUCAUUGGCAAUUUGGUGGCAUUGCUGAUGUGUUCUAUAUAGAAAACUUGGUGGAAGGGGGAGCUCAAGUAUUUCUAGAUGAGCAUCAAAUGUCUUUAGCUAUAAGAAACAUUUUUGGUGCUAGAAGCACCCAGACAAUAGUCACAUUUAUUCCUGAAUGAAUUACUCAUCAAAUGACACGCAACUAUAAGAAUGUUUGCCCAACUCCUUUACUUGUAAUUCUGUUAGAAACCAUUAUGAAGCCCCUUUAACUUAUCCUCCCCCGCCACACACACACAUACUUCUUUCUAGAAAGUAAGGUUUUUAGUGCCUCCUAAAUCACUUGGUAGUUAACUGGGAAUAUUGGUAAUUGGGAUUUGGGGGAGGGGCACCUAAUGGUAGAAGGUUUUCUUCUAAACUUCACAUCAAACCUCUAAAGAUUUCACCUGUAUUCUGCCUCCAGAUCUCACAACACCUUCAAUUUAAGUUGAGAAAAUAGAGGUAUUGAGAAUAAAAUGAUCUGCUGUUAAUGAGAAUGAUAAAUAUCCUCAUUCCAAGACCAUAUCUUUUCAAAUAUUUCCUUCUUUGUGGUGUAUGUACCGUUAGAAAAUUACAAAUUGACAUAUUUUCUUUAGAAGGAACUUAUGAACCAAUGUUCCUUAUUAAUAAUAGUGAUGAUAAUUUUCCAUCUUCCUUUUAAUGAGUUGUAAGGAGAUACUUUGGUAUUCUGGCUUCAGGGGAUAUUGGUGUAGUUCAUGUUCAAGCCUUCAAUAAUAGCAUUUUAAAUUAGCCCAGUUUUAGGUGAAAAUUGCAUGUGAGCACCCUCACCACCACUCAUUCAUUCUCAGAUUUACCCAAUGCAGUUUCACUAGUAACUUGUUUUACUUUCUCCAACAUUAGAAGAUAUGAAGUCACUCAACAAACAUUUGUCACCAUUCCCCCCACUUAUCCUCAUCUCUCUCAAUAUCUCAGUCUCUUUGUCUUUCUGUAUCUCUCUCUCUCUCUCUCUCUCUCACACACACACACACACACACAAUCUGUUGCUUGUUCCUGCCUCCUGAUUUUUCUUCCUUACAAAAAUAGAAAUAGGGACAAAGAAGGGAAAAUGUAUAUAUAGAGGCUUGGCUAAACAACUUCAUAAGUAGUGUUAACUAGGGAUAAAUUGGGAGAAAAGUUUCUUUUCUCUUUGAUGUUUUGGAAAGGAUAGCCAUUAGUUGACUGCUUUGUGUUCAUAUGGAUUUUAGUAUUAACCUAGAUUGAAUUAGAGUUUUCUAGUUGGAAGAAACCUUAACAUCACAUCAUAAACUCCAAAUUCCUUAUUUUGGGGCCAGGAAUGGAGAUGCAGAGGUAAUGUAAUUUCCCCAAGGUCACACAGCUGGCCAGGGGCAAGACUGGGAUUAGAACCCACAUCUCCUGGCUCUUAUUCCAGGACCUUUUCCCACAAAAUAAAAGUAUUGCUUUCCACUAGACUCCUGAGAAUUCUUUCCCAGGGUCAUGUUGCAUCUUGGAGCCAUAUGCUUCUGCUCUGAUCUAAGUGGGAAAUCCACCCAGCAACCUAAUACUUCUCUCUCUCCCUUUAUUCACGUGUUUCUCAUCCACAUGUACCGCAGAUGUCCCCAGAGAGAAGGAGACACUGAGGACCAACAGGAAAAACUGGGUCUCUGAUUUUGCCCAUACUACUGAGGGGAUCACUGCUCCAAGUUUAGAAGUCCUUAAAGCACCUCCCUGACAUCCAAAGGGCAUAGAGGGAAUCCAUUUUUCCCUGUCAGCUUGUCUUAUUUCAUCUUAAACUUAUGUCACUCUGUGGACUGAAGGAAAUAGUUCUUGUUCUUAGAGCAGGAAAGGAGCAAAAGGUAGAACAAUUGCUUUGUUCAUUCUGGCAUUGUAAGGUAAAUUUUCGGAAUCUUUUUCAAAUGAGAAUGGCUACCAGUCACUAGCAAUGAGUUAUUUUAAAUAUGGUAAUGAGCAUAUAUAAAGAAAGUAACCUGGCAUUGCCGUGGGUGCACUCAUCCACUAUGCUCCCUCAUGACCAUGUUGCCCCAAUGAGAAUAAUUUCCAGCUAAAAGUAAAGGAUUUUGGGACUGAAAUUUACCAUGGUUGAUAUUGAACAUCAGAUUCCUGUGUUUACACUAAAACAGCAAGCUAAGUAUUCUGUACCAUUCCGUCUUACGUACACUACUCUUGUGACCUCCCAUGGUAGAAACCAGGGCAAGAGGCCUGCAGAAAGAUGUCACAAUCACCCUCAAAUUUUGGUCAGUAUAUCUUUAAUACACACACACACACACACACACAUACACACACACACACAC